AUGUGUCGUACCCACGUGGCCGCCCCACCGCCAACAAACAACAAUACCUACACUUUCGCGGGACACGCAGUCAACGUGCAUUCGGAACCCAGCAUCAGUCAGCUCUUCAAAGUAACAACACGAAUGGACGUUGAAACAGCCCUCUCUCCUGAAAUCGCCAUUGUUUCUAAAUCCUGGCAAGAAGACUUGGACCCUCCACAAGAACCAAAAGAGGCAGUGGAGUACCCGGGUGCCCCAGGGUUCCUCGGCGAUGCCGUCGCAGGGGUCAAGUCCCCCACGAGCGAUCCGUCUACAAGGUGCAAGCUAGCAGUGGACGUGCGAGGCCUCGAACUGUGGUACGGCGCCGGUGAGGACAAAGUAGAGAUCUUCAAGGGCAUCAACGUGAAAGUGCCUCGGGGCGUCAUCUACGCACUGCUUGGUUCAUCCGGCUGCGGUAAGACGACGCUGCUACGUGUUAUAUUGGGCCGCAAGCCGUUCCAGAAAGGUCAUAUCCGAGUGUUUGGCCUCCUUCCUGGCACUCCGGGUUCAAAGAUACCGGGCUCCAACGUAGGUUACAUGCCCCAGGAACUGGCGCUUUACGAUUCCUUCUCCAUCCAAGAGACGCUCGUCUUCUUCUCCCGGCUCUACAACUUGCCCAAAACACAGAUCGAAGAGCGGAUUGACUUCCUUCUCGAGUUCCUCGAGCUCCCCGAGAGGACUCGGCUGGUGCACUACCUUAGCUGGGGUCAGAAAAGGAGAGUGUCCCUGGCGGCCGCCCUCGUACACAGCCCGCCCUUGCUCAUUUUGGACGAACCUACCGUCGGCAUUGACCCCGUCUUGCGCAAGUCCAUCUGGGAGCACCUGGUCACGCUUGCCGCCAAGGACAAGAUGACCAUCAUCAUCACCACGCACUACAUAGACGAGGCGCGCCUGGCGGGACAAGUGGGUUUCUUGCGCCAGGGAAAACUGCUAGCUGAAGCGCCGCCGGAAGACCUGAUGCGUGGUCACAACGCCAGCAACCUCGAAGAGGUCUUCCUGCAGCUCGCGCAGGGAGAAGCCCAGGACUCUUCUAUACACCCCCAGGCUAACGUUUUUCGCACGCUGCUGGGGCGGGCUUCCUCGCAUUUUCAUCACGUGAGCGAUUCCGAGUAUUCUUUCAUGCAGUCCGUAACUGCGUUGACGACGCAGGAACACUUAAUUACGCGCGGGAAGGACUUGAAGCGCUCGUGGGCUCGCACGUCCGCCAUCCUCUACAAAAAUAUGAUCAAUUUCCGGCGAAGCUACAGUCUGCUGCUCUACAGCUUUCUCCUGCCCUCCAUCGAGGUAAUGAUCUUCGUUGCCGUCGUCGGCCGGACACCUUUCGGGUUGACUUUGGCCACCGUCAAUGAGGACAACGGCACUGCGGGAAUAGGCGCCAGUUUUCUAAAGCUCCUGGACGGCACCGUCAUGCCCCAGGUGGAACACACGGACCUGGGCCAAGCCCUGGAGUCUGUGAGCAGCGGCCGGGCCUACGGUGCCAUCCACAUCGGCGGGAACUUCUCAACGACGUUCGAAACACGCUUCGGCCUCGCGGGAGGCUACCACAUCAGCGAGGACCAGGCCCGUAUGAGCACCAUCAGCCUGCAUCUGGACAUGUCCAAUCAGCAAAUCCUGAUGACCAUCAAUUUCUACUUGCGCAAGGCCUCCGAGGCCCUGCUCAAUAACUACUUCCAGGCACGGAACAUGUCCACUGGAGGGCUGAACAGUGUCGUUGAGGUACGUAAACGAACAAGUUUUAUACUGACCACGAAAGCCUUCCACUGGACAGGACAAGUUCUCAAGUACCAAAUAAAAAUAAUCAGCAAACAUUUUUAUCCCGUUACCAGUGUUUAA